UCAAAUUGCGAUGGAACUCGCAUGUUUUGUGCAAAGCCUAACAUUAACAUUAACGGUCAUAGGGAUCUACGCGUUAACAGUGUGGAUCUACGAAACAUUCAAAUCACCAAUCGGAAUCCUCUGGGGUCUCUCGAAGCAGUGCAUCUGCGACGUAAACUUCACUGAACGAUAUGGACAGUGGGCUGUGAUAAGUGGUGGUUCCGAUGGGAUCGGUCGUCAAUAUGCUCGAUUUUUCGCACGGAAAGGACUCAACAUAGUCAUCAUUGCACUACCGGACGAAAUACUGAAGCAGACUGCAGAGGAAAUCGAAUCAACGUUUCACGUGCAAGUGAAACAGAUUUCGGCCGACUUCUCAAAAGGUUUUGAACUGAGCGAUUACUUGAAAAACGAACUGGAUGAUCUAGACGUUGGAGUACUUGUUAACAACGUAGGCGUUGCCAAUACAUUACCAGUCUAUUAUGAAACCUGUGCGCUGAGCCUGUACCAGCGAAUGGUCAACGUAAACAUCAACGCAGCAGUCAUAUUGAGUCACAUCAUACUGCAGCGGAUGAAGCAAAGGCGCCGUGGCUUGCUGAUCAACAUAGCCUCCGUCGCUGGGCUACGACCACUGCCCUUAGGACUGAUGUACAGUGCAACGAAAGCGUUCAUGGCUAGCUUCAGUAAUGCUUUACGUGAAGAGUUGGCCGAUUUCGGAAUCGAAUGUCAAACUGUCACGCCGUACUUUGUGGCUACAAGCAUGACGGAAGAAUUAAGAGUGGAUAGGUUCUUACGAAUAAUCAGCAGCGACGUAGAGACUUACGGAAAAUUUCUCACGAUGAUUGUUGGAAAGACAGCUCAAACCACUGGAUACUGGUUGCACGGUUUGACGCUGACGGCUAUCAAUUUGCUCCCUGCUGACCUAACAAUAAAGGUGGCUUUCGAGGCAGCAAAAUCAUGGAUAAAGAAAAAAAAUCUAACCGAUUAGGUUUUCGUCAAUUAUACACAUUAUACUAUCGCGUUUUAGUUUGUGAGCUAAA